CAAUACCUCCAAUCCCAAUUCACUCAUUCCAUUACUUCUGAGCCAUUCACCACUACCGGAUCAUAUGGUGGCUUUGUAAAUGCUAACCGGCAACGACUUCCCAGCCAACGGCCUUGCCGAGGGCGACAACGUGGCCGAGCCAACCCCAAGAGUGCUCAUCAUAUUAGCCUGUGUGCUGGACCGGCUAGUGGCCCGUAACGACCGCAUCGUAGAUGGCAUCACUCACCAGAUCGAGGAGUCGAGCAGCUGCGGCACUAGCCAUAUCGGUAACAGCUUCAACGCCUUCCAUGGAGUCCGAGCGCCCGCCAUCUCCAUAUUGAAGUACUUAGAGAGAAUCUACAAAUACACCAAUUGUAGCCCUUCUUGCCUCGUGGUUGGAUUCGUUUACAUCGAUAGGCUAAUCCAUCGACACCCCAACUCGCUAGUCAUCUCCUUGAACGUUCAUAGGCUCCUUGUCACGAGCGUCAUGGUUGCCUCUAAGAUCCUCGACGACGUACAUUAUAAUAAUGCGUUUUACGCGAGGGUGGGAGGGGUGAAUAAAGUGGAGCUGAACAAGCUCGAGUUAGAGCUGCUUUUUCUAUUGGAUUUUGGAGUGACGGUUAGCUCUAGGGCUUUCGAAACCUAUUGCUUGCACUUGGAGAAAGAGAUGUUGUUGAAUGGUAAUGGCGAGUUGCAGAGGAUUGAAAGACCGUUAAUGGCUACCAAUAGCUUGGACGACGUGUCGGAAAUUUCUGUGGACGACACUCUAGCUUCCUCUUCGCCACCUUAGUAAUCCACUAAUUCAGCUACUUCAUUAUGUUGUAACGUAUAUUUUUUCGAUUAAACACUCUGAGUUGGAGACAGAAAUUACAUUUUUAGUAUAUAUAAGAUAAGAUAUGUAACAAUUUUGUCGGUAUAGAUUCAUAUGAGAUUA